AGCUUAAUCCAUACCCGUGUACCCCUGUACCCAUGCGGAAAAUGCGGAAAAGGCCGAUCAUUUUCCUUUUCUUACAAACCAGAGCUUCAAUUAUUAAUGUAUAUCUGGACAUUGUUGUACAUUUUCUAAGCUUCACAAUUGUUUCGUGUAAUUCUUUUCCUUUCUGAAAAUAAUAAAGGCGAACAUGUCAGAAGACACACAGGAUGAAACCACAAAUACACCUACUGCGAGCGCGGCCGUCCCUCCAAAAAAAUAUCCCAAAGGUGUAAUAUUAGGAAAAGAUGGGAAACCCUGCCGCUCCUGCAACUCCUUCGCCUCCUUCACCAGCACCACCAAAUCUCUCCAAACCUCCUCCUCCUCUUCCUCCUCCCCUCCCACCCCUCCCACCGACUGCCCCCCCGACAUCGAAGCCCUCGGCCGCGCCUCCUGGACCUUCCUCCACACCCUCUCCGCCUCCUACCCCAACACCCCCACCCCCACCGACCGCACCAACAUCUCCACCUUCAUGAGCCUCUUCUCCCAGCUGUACCCCUGCUGGACCUGCGCCUCGGAUUUCCAAUCCUACAUGGCCGAGAACAAGGUGCGCACGGAGAGUCGCGCCGAGUUUGGGAAGUGGAUGUGCGAGGCCCAUAAUGAUGUGAAUCGGAAGUUGGGGAAGAGGGAGUUUGAUUGCGACCGCUGGGAGGAGAGGUGGAGGACCGGCUGGAGGGAUGGGAGAUGUGGAUAG